AUGGCUGCUUUACCAGUGAUAUUAUUUCUCAUAACUCUGCUGCUAACCGCAAUGCACACUGAACAAAGGGUACUGACAGAGACUCAAGAAGACUCCACCGCAUCUUAUAAUCAAAAGACAAAUCACAAGGCUGUCUUGGACAAGACUGACUACCAAGGUGAUGGAAAUAUACAGGACCAUGAGAAGAUAUUCUCUGCCUCCAAGAAAGAUCAAACAUUAUUUGAAGACUUGACCAGUGCUAACCAACAUGAGUUAAACCCAUCUAAAGACAUGAUGGCCCAGAGCAACUGCUUUACUCAAAAGCAUCAAGUAGAUCCAGUCAACUUCAAUCACAUAGACAUUAGGCUUCAAGGGAUCAGAGUUAGGCACCAAGGAGACAAUUUUAAACACAAACCCAUCCUUGAUCUAGAUGAAGCUUUGCGUUCAGUGCAAAAGACAUUGGUUUCCAGGAAAAUUUAA